AUGGAAGUUCCUUGCACUCCAGACAGACUGCAGAUUUUCCUACAAAUGAGUCAGAAGAAGCACAAGCCCAGGAGUGAACCAAAUAUGAACUUAGAUCUAGAGAUUUACAAACACGAAAGCAACCUUUCUAGUGCGUGGCUUUCUCCACCCGAGUCCUUCUGGAGCACAAGAAGCAUUGUGAGUGUUGGGGACCCAAAGAAAAAAUAUACAAGAUUUGAAAAAAUUGGUCAAGGGGCAUCAGGUACUGUUUACACAGCACUAGACAUUGCAACAGGACAAGAGGUGGCCAUAAAGCAAAUGAACCUUCAACAGCAACCCAAAAAGGAAUUAAUUAUUAAUGAAAUUCUUGUCAUGAGGGAAAAUAAGAACCCCAAUAUUGUUAAUUAUUUAGAUAGCUACUUAGUGGGUGAUGAGCUGUGGGUAGUCAUGGAAUACUUGGCUGGUGGCUCUUUAACUGAUGUGGUCACAGAGACCUGUAUGGAUGAAGGACAGAUAGCAGCUGUCUGUAGAGAGUGCCUCCAAGCUUUGGAUUUCUUGCACUCAAACCAAGUGAUCCAUAGAGACAUAAAGAGUGACAAUAUUCUCCUCGGGAUGGAUGGUUCUGUUAAAUUGACUGAUUUUGGGUUCUGUGCUCAAAUCACUCCUGAGCAAAGUAAACGAAGCACUAUGGUGGGGACUCCCUAUUGGAUGGCACCUGAGGUGGUAACUCGAAAAGCUUAUGGUCCAAAAGUUGAUAUCUGGUCUCUGGGAAUCAUGGCCAUUGAAAUGGUGGAAGGUGAACCCCCUUACCUUAAUGAAAAUCCGCUCAGGGCCUUAUAUCUGAUAGCCACUAAUGGAACCCCGGAGCUCCAGAAUCCUGAGAGACUGUCGGCUGUUUUCCGUGACUUCUUAAAUCGCUGUCUUGAGAUGGAUGUGGAUAGACGGGGAUCUGCCAAGGAGCUUUUACAGCAUCCAUUUUUAAAAUUAGCCAAGCCUCUCUCCAGCCUCACUCCUCUGAUUAUAGCUGCAAAGGAAGCAAUUAAGAACAGUAGCCGUUAGAACUGCGAGACUUACCCCUCACCGUCUCCCUGAUGAGUAAGACUGAACUAAAACUGCUACAGGAAACAUGGAAGAAAAGACAGCCGAAUGGGGUGGGGGUUCUUUAACUUUAAAGUGAAUAGAAACUUCUUAUAAGCCUUUUUCCUACUCCCUCAGACUAUGUAAUUUAUUUGUAAGCCUGAACCGCAGCCCACACAGGGCAGCAAUGUUGAAGUGACCAUUAAGUGGUCACUUCCACCGUGAAGCGAAAGAGCCAGUAGUGAAUCCCCUCAUUUUGUGCAUUUACUUUGAAGAAAAAGAUUUCUCAAAGAUGCACACUCCCUCUUCAUAGUGUUGUGUUUGUUUUUAAGUUAGAGAGUAGUCCCUCUUGCAUUCGAACCUCUUUCAAAACUCCUUACCCAAUGUGAUGUUUUUUCACUUGCAUUGUCAUUAGAUGUCCAGAAAAAAAAUAAAAGAUGUCAAAAUGUUUUUUUAAAAAAAGAAAGAAAAAAGCAAAGAAAAAAACACAAAACAAAAACAAACAAAAAUGAAAAAAAUAGAACAAGUGCUGUGUGAAGCUGUGGACGUCCAUGCCCUAAUAGAGUCGCAAUUUUUUCUUCUUCUUCUUCUGUAGUGGUGGCUUGGUUUGUGUACCUAUUUUUCUGCAUUUGUAUUGGAAAAGGUUUCCUUUAAGACACUUUCCAAAAGCAGAGAGGAAUAUGAGUGUUCAGGGUGGGUUUUUAAAAGUUGUGUCUAAACAGAGCUCUAAUUGUGAGAUCCUGUCACAUUUUACAAGGAUGCGUAGGUAGUAGUUGAAUUGUCAUGUAAAGCAGCUUGUUGGCCUCUGUGAUAACAGAAAAAAGACACACACUGAAAAUGUGACAGUGCUUCUGGGUGAGUCUGAGUUCUAAACCUAGAGUAUCCUGAUUGGAGAAAUCUUACUUACACAAAAAUGAGACUUUCUCUGAGAGCCAAAAGGAAAAUGCAGAACUCCUUGUUGGACAAUAAAUCAGCAAAGAUAAUAGCGAAUUUAAUCCUCUCUUGUGUUCCUGUAACCUAAGCAUUGUACAAUAGGCACAUUAUGAGGAGAUAGAUCCAUUAGCCAACAUUCUUCAUAAUAAAAAUUAUUCAUUUUGACAAUUUGUAACACUUAAGAACUUUUUAAAGAUCAAGAGAUCAGAGAUAUAGUAAAAAAUUCAACUCUGUAAGAAAUGGGAAGUCAGUAAAAGCUACAUCCCAGUCAACAUGGCUCUAAAUAUUUGAUACAUUUCCCUAUAUAUCUCUAAUCUCUUUUUCAGGAUAUGGUGUGUUCUUAUUUAGUUACUUAGGCUUUUCUCCUUUUAAAGCCUGUUCAUAAAGAUGUUGAAAGCUCACCAAGAAAAUACUUUUGAUCUUUAUUCAUAUAUCCCAAGAACUAUCAGUCCAAUAGAAUUCCUUUUGUGGCUUGAGGAA